ACGAGGAUCGACGCAGCCUCUUCCAGCAUCAUCAUCUCCACCCUCCAUCAUCUUUUCUUGGGAAUAAGCGGCCACAAAACUGGAUUCUUUCUUCACUUCGGCACCUAAAACCUCACUUCUGACACCAGCAUGUCUGACAAGAGCGAGCUGAAGGCUGAGCUGGAGAGGAAGAAGCAACGGAUCGCCCAGAUCCGCGAGGAAAAGAAGAGGAAAGAAGAGGAGAAAAAAAAGAAGGAUGGAGAAUCCAAACGUAGCGCGGAGGGAGGGCCGGCUGGCGCCGAAGACUCGGAUCUGGAGAGGAAGAGGAGAGAAGCCGAGGCUCUUCUCCAGAGCGUUGGCAUCACCCCCGACGUCCCGCAUGCUCAGCCCCUGAGGGUAGUAACAGAAGAUACGUGUCUGUUUCACUACCUAGUCCCCGCCCCCAUGUCUCCCUCCAACAAAUCAGUGGGCAGCGAUGCUGGAAGCCAAGAUUCUGGGGAUGGAAACGCAGGACCAAGGACUUUGCAUUGGGAUCCUGACCCCUCCACUCUGCAACUCCACUCCGACUCUGAGCUGAUGGGACGUGGAACGGUAAGACUUGGGAUGUCCAAACUCAUCCAGGUGGAUUUUGUCCCGAAGGAAAUGGUGUCCUACUGCAAGGAGACGCAGACACCCACAGAGGCGUUGGCUCACACGGAUCAGAAAGCGGAUGAAGAAGAGGAUGAGGAGAUAAGUGCUCCCCCGCUGACAGAGGAUACCCAGGAUGAGAAAAACGAGCAGAGUGAACAGCAGGAGGAAGACACUCCCAAGGAGCUGACAGAGGAAGAGAAGCUGCAGGUCCUUCAUUCUGACGAGUUCUUGUCGUUUUUCGAGCGCGGCAGCAGAAUCGUGGAGCGCGCUCUGGCCGAGCAGGUGGACGUCUGCUUCGACUACAGCGGGAGGGAUCUGGAGGAUAAGGAAGGCGACUUGCAGGCAGGAGCGAAACUGGUUCAGAACAGACAGUUUGCAGAUGAGCGCUGGACCAAGAACCGAGUGGUGACCUGCCUCGACUGGUCUCCUCAGUACCCAGAGUUGCUGGUUGCCUCGUAUAACAACAACGAGGACGCUCCACAUGAGCCGGAUGGCGUGGCUCUAGUCUGGAACAUGAAGUACAAGAAGGCCACGCCUGAGUACAUCUUCCACUGCCAGUCUGAGGUGAUGUCGGCUGGCUUCGCAAAGUUUCACCCUAACCUAGUGGUGGGCGGGACUUAUUCCGGACAGAUAGUCCUGUGGGACAACAGGAGCAACAAACGCACGCCUGUUCAAAGAACUCCCCUGUCCGCGUCGGCGCACACGCACCCGGUCUACUGCGUGAACGUCGUCGGAACCCAGAACGCUCACAACCUGAUCAGCAUUUCCACUGACGGCAAGAUGUGCUCCUGGAGUCUGGACAUGCUCUCCCAGCCGCAGGACAGCCUGGAGCUGGUGUUCAAACAGAGCAAGGCGGUGGCCGUGACAUCCAUGGCGUUUCCUCUGGGGGAUGUAAAUAACUUUGUGGUGGGCAGCGAGGAUGGCUCAGUCUACACCGCCUGUCGUCACGGCAGUAAGGCGGGCAUUACAGAGGUGUUUGAAGGCCACCAUGGUCCUGUGACUGGACUGAGCUGCCACAGUGCUGCAGGACCUGUUGAUUUCUCUCACCUCUUCAUCUCCUCCUCUUUUGACUGGACCGUCAAACUGUGGAGCACGAAGAGCACCCGUCCUUUGUACUCAUUCGAGGACAGCUCCGACUAUGUUUAUGACUCGAUGUGGUCUCCAGCGCAUCCCGCUCUGUUCGCCUGUGUGGACCUGUCCGGACGGCUGGAUCUGUGGAACCUCAACAACGACACCGAAGUUCCAACUGCCAGUGUGUGUGUGGAAGGAUCUUCAGCCCUGAACCGUGUGAGAUGGUCUCACUCUGGAAAGGAGAUCGCCACCGGAGACUCAGACGGACAGGUGCAGGUGUACGACGUAGGGGAGCAAAUCUGCGUUCCCAAAGCCGACGAGUGGACGCGUUUCGUCAGGACUCUGGCUGAGAUCAAUGAAAACAGAGACGAAGCUGAGGAACUGGCUAACGUCUGAUCCUGUAACCACUCCCUGCUAACCGUUAAUAGAUUCCUCUCCAGUAUGUUACACAUCUAUAGCACAUUAUAAGACACAGCCAGGGGGAGUCCCACUGUCUUCUCUGAUUUCCAGCUUUUCCUUCCACCAGAACUUGGGCCUGAGGAGAUGCGCUGAGCUAGACAGAUAGGAGAGUUUUAGAUAGGUUUUAGACAAAAAAAGGGUUUAGAGUUCAUGUGUAGAGGUUGUAGUUACAAGAUGAAUUUAGAAAGGAUACACGAAGGUGAUUUUCAGUCCGAUCUGGACUUCUAGCUUUGAUCACAUCCUCAGGGCUCCAGAAACUGCUCUUCUCCGGAGGCCUCGACCAUUAUUUUUUUACAUAUGCAAAACCUUUCUACUUGCACCUUUUUAUUACCUUUCGGGUGUUUUACAUAUUUUACUGACACGCUUAUACUGAAGCUGGCACACUCUUGAAACAGAUUUGGAAGUCUGAAAAUGUUGUACAUCUUCAGUAGGACAGUGAAUGUGCUCACACACAUACACACUCCAGGCCUGAAGAGUGUCAUGAUUACAUUCUAAUUGCUACUAUAUUUAAUAUUUAUUAUUGUGGCUGCACUUAUUUAAAUAUUUUAUUAUUCUAAAAAUGUUUCUUUGUACUUGAGGAGUACAGUCUUAAAUUUGGCACUACAAGCUUUUAAUAUGUUCGUAGUUUGAAUUUAAUGACGCUACAAUUAUUUCUCUCUGUAACCAUGAUUAGUGAUUAAUCCUGUGCUCUUGUACUAAAAAGCAGGAACUGUUUGUUGAUUAUUCUCUUGACGAAAAAUGUAAAAUAUGUUCUUUUAAAUGAUGAUGUACCACAGAGGUUGGAAGCUAAUUUUUUUUUCUAGAGAUGCACCGAGACAUUUUGUCUGAUUUUCAAUUUUAUCCGCUGAUUGGAAAGCCAAUUAUGUAGCCUGGUUCUGAUUACUGAACACACUGAGUGUUUCCAGGUGCAUUAUUACAGCAACAGCCUUCAGUGUGGAUGCCAUUGCUAAGUGCAGACAGAGAUUUAAAAAUCUAUCUAAAAUGUUUUAUACAGCACACAGUUAUGUCUGCGAAACAGCAAGAGGGAGCCACACUUUUAGAAGAUAACAGGAAGGCUGUAUUACAGACAAGUAGCUUUCUUUUGUAGAACAUAGUGGAUUUGGAAAUGUCCUUCUUUUGGAAAGACUGAGGCUGUUGUUUUAAAUGUUGGCCACAAGUAAAUAUGCUACAUGUAGUCCUUCCUAAUUUGGUCUUCACUUUAAAAUGAGAAAAACAUUUUUUUACUGAGACUUUUCUCACACAGGGUGACUUCAUGUCUGCUCCUCCUAUAAUUGAUUGAUUCUGUAAAGAGAGAUUAAAAUUGGUACCAACAGGCAAGGGCGUAAAUCCCAUCUCAUUAUUGGGGGGGGAGACCAUAAACAGGGAAAUUUUUUAAGAGCAAUUUUGGGGGGGGGUCGGCAACGUUACAGUAAAAUGUGGUUUCAAUUUUUGUGUGUGUGUGUGUUCAAACUGCACCAUCAAAAAUGACUAGUAAGUAGCAAUGAAUAACAAAAGUGUUUUUCUCAGUAAACAACCUGUUGAGACCCAUAGAAGUCAAACUAAGAUUCAAAUGUUCCUUAGAUACGAGUUUGGUUCAGUGUCACAGAUCUAAUCUCUGCUACACCUAAACACUUAAGGCUCUAAAUAAAAAGUUUUAAUAAGUAACUCCACUUAAUAAAAUUCCUCAUAAAUAUUGAUUUAUUGCAGUGGUUCUCAAUACAAGUCAUGUGUUAUUUAAACGAUAACGUAAGCUGCUUUAAACGUUUUUUAUUAUUUAUUUUGGAGGGUAAUGGGGGGUUCUUGUCCUGGAUGGCUGAGAACCUAAAAAUAUGUGGAAAUUGAAUAUCUGGGAAGUAUCAUAACUUAAACUUAAAGGUCAGCACCUAGAGUUUUCUAGAAAAAUAUUCAGAUUUUAUUUUGUGGUUUUGAAGGCUCCACGUUGAAGAUGGCAAGAAAAAAAGCCAUACUUUAUUUUGUUUAACUGCCAGCUGCAACAGCCCCUCUGCUCUCGUCUCCCAUACAGAGCUGUCGGCUAGUGCUAACGCUCAGCCGCUCCAUCCUUUUCAAACUCUUCUUAUUAAAGUAAGAGUUAGAGAGCUAAAUAUAAUUGAAAUACUCGCUACAUUCGACAGAAAAAGGAGCCAAGUCUAUGAAAGCAAUGUGGCCAGUUUUGAUUUUACAAGGCAUAAGGUGGCAGUUUAUCAUGAUUCAGCAAAAGUAAUGAAAUCACAAAUUGGAGUCUGAUUUUUAUUGUCAAUAUGUUUCUUCCUAUUGAGCAGUGAACGUAAAUAAAAUGUGUUACAUGUCUUUUGCUUUAAGUAUUUACUUACUGAAGGGUUUUUUUUUGUUUGUGCUGCAGAGCCACACCAACAGGUAAUUCUAGACUUUGCCAAGAUUAGGGGUGGGGGUCCGAAUCCCCCCUGGGAUUUACGCCUAUGCCAACAGGGUAAUAGCUUUACAAAAACAAAGAAUUGGAAGUCAAUCAAAAAUCUGUUUGGUGCAUCUUCUGCCCCUUCCUCCUCCGUACAAAACCUCAAUCUUUAUUUCCCUCACUCAUUCCAUGAUGCAAUAGAGCUAGAGUCUACGGAAUUAACCAUGUAUUACACAUACAGGAUGAAUUCUUUCCAAACACUUGCAUUGUAAUAAUAUUCCUGAAACAAGAACUGCUCUCCCUUUUUCAUUGAAAUAAAAAAACUCAGAAUACAGAUAAAGAUAAAACAUAUGGAUUAUUUAUUUAUUUAAAAUACAAUGAAUGAAUUGAGAUACAUUUAAUUUAUUAAUACCUAAUUCUCCGCUCGUGAUUCUUGUUUUAGCAAGAAAACAAAAGGAAAAGCUCUGUACAUCAGUAAGAGUGAUUCUCAGAGACCAGGACCAAAGGCCCCGCCGUUGCCAUGGCAUUACAGCUGCUGUGUAAUGAUACAAGCUGAUCUUGUAACUUUUCCUCAGUACAGUUAUACAAUAUAUACAGUAUGUAGCCACCUGUGUGAGGAGCGGCGGUGCGAAAAACCUCACACACUGCACACAUCAAAUCGGAUAUAUCCUAUGCCCACCGCCCAAAAAGAGAAGUCCUACUCAUACCGAGUAUCAGAAAAAAAAAAAAAAGAAAAAAAAUCA